AUGCAUACUAAACGCCAAGGGCGAGCCUUCUGGCACUGGUAUGCAAAAGACGAUACCCCCGAAGAAAGGAAGCUUAUCGUUAAGCUGGAUCUCCUUAUUGUGCCAUAUGCCGUUCUUGCGUAUUGGAUAAAAUACAUCGACCAGUCGAACUUGAAUAAUGCCUACGUAUCUGGCCUUAAAGAAGACUUGAAUUUUCAGUCAAAUCAAUUGGUUAAUCUUAAUGCCAUGUACACUGCAGGAGCGGUCAUUGGCCAGCUACCAUUUACCAUCUUAUUUCCAAUGUUUCCGAUGAACUACACCAUUCCCGCUCUUGAGGCUGGCUGGGGCAUUUUCACCCUCUUGCAAUAUCGUGCACAAGGCUACGCGGAACUCAUGACAUACCGCUUUUUUGCCGCCUUCUUCCCAGGAGUGCAUUUCGUCCUGGGUGCUUGGUACAGAGGCGAUGAGCUUGGUCGCCGAGGUGGGGUUUUCUACGUCGGCCAGAUGCUGGGAACUCUCACCGCGGGCUUGAUUCAGAGUGGAGCGUCCUCCAAUCUUGAUGGCGUGCGAGGGCUCGCUGGCUGGAGAUGGAUGUUUAUUAUCAGCGCCUUAAUGACCAUACCCAUCGCCAUUGCUGGAGUAGUUAUUUGGCCAGGGACGCCAGCUAAACCAAAUAUGCUUAUACUCACAGAUCAAGAUCUAGCCCUGGCCAUCAAGCGCCUGAAGGAGACGAAGGCAGAUACUACUGAAGAAAUAAAACAGGGAAAAUGGCAGCUGGUACGAAAUAUUGCAAUGGACUGGAAAAUAUAUAUCCUGACACUCUGGGCCGUGUUUUUUUGGAAUUCAGGAUCGACAUCCUCCGGAGCCUACCUCCUCUGGCUCAAGAGUCUGGAUCGCUUCUCUACCCCUGAAGUCAACCAGCUCGGGACAACAGCACCCGCCCUCGGAAUAUUCUACGUUCUCUUCGUAAAUUUUAGUUCCGAUCUUCUUUGGGGCCCGAGUGGUGCAAUCGCUUUUGCUCAUGCCUGGAAUUUCACCGCCAUGACUAUCCUCGCCGUAUGGAAGGUCCCCGAGUCAGCCAAGUGGUUCGCGCUUAACAGCUCUUACAUCCAAGUCGCCAUGAGCAGCGUCCUCUAUGGAUGGGCAAACGACAUGCUGCGCCAUAACGCGACGGAGCGCUCUAUAGUCAUCGUAUUCAUGAACCUGAUAGCACAGAGCACGACGGCAUGGACGAGCGUGCUGGUAUUCCCGACGGUGGAGGCGCCGCGUUUCCUCAAGGGCUUUACGUUCUGUGCAGCAAACUCAGUUUUGCUGGUGCUGUUUACAUACUUUGUUGUGAGGCCGUACUCGCAGGCGCUGGAGAGGAAAUAUGAAUCUGAUGCGGAUAGCGAGGUUAGCGCCCCAGAGUUCGAGGAGUCGGGAAGUCGAAAAGGCAUGGAGAGGGGUAGUAAGAGUGGUACUGCUGCUACAGAAACCACGGUAUGA